GGUGCAAACGAGCAUAAGAUAUGCGUGGUGGUAAGUUUUCAAAUUGUCACCCUGUAUAAAAUAACAGUACCUCAUAUAAAAUAUAUCGUUCUGUAGAUGACGACGUUUGGAUACGUCAGAUUAAGGGCGGUUAUUCCUAGGUGACAAUGCUUCGUGCAUUGGCCGCAAACAAUUUUCUUUAUGGCGAAAAAUAAACACGACACGGAGCGGCACGUUUAAGUGAUUUGUCCUCGACCGAUAAUAUGUGUCUUUAUUUCUAUUCUAAUACGUACGCUGCCUUAUGAGCCCUGUUCGACGGUGGGGCUGAUUUCUCGCACCGCGUGGGGGAAAACGCCGCGUUGAUUUUGUUGACAUUACCGCGUGUUUUUUUUAGAUGAGGGUUCGACAGCUAAGGUCAUAUCCCCUUUUAAUUUUCAUCUAUGUAACCACACAACUAAAUUUUCCCAUACACUUCGAUACUUUUCAAGAAAUUCAAUAAAUUUCUAGCUUUAUCCCAGCUGGUAAAAUUUUGAUUAUAAUUUGGCAUAAUACUAUGUGUUACACGCUCAUUAGAGAAUACUGGACAGUCCUUUAUUAUAUGGGCCACCGUGAGGGCCAUCCUACAUCGAUUGCACUGUCGGGAAUUAGUACGAUUCAGUAGAUGUUCAUGGGUUAUUUGAAUGUGCCCUAUUCUCAGACGGUGCAUCUUUACACUUUCUUCUCUAGUUGCGCCUGGCAGUGCAAACACUCCCUUUGCGAUGGGUUUUAUUUGUGAAAGGUGAGUAUUUGUUGCUGUCCAUUUUUCUUGCCAUUCCGUGUGGCAUUCGUUUUUCAAGUUUUUCCCGAGGUCAUAUGGAGCAGCAUACCGCGUGUUGAUUCUACUGCUAAUUGUGGUGUGAUGCGUAUCAGCUACCAUAUGUAGCACAACUUAAAAACAAUAAUAACAUUUUCUUAGCAGUGGGAGCAAGAGCUAUUAUCUAAAUAUUUUUCACUUAAUUUUAAUAAGCGCUGUAAGAAGAGCUUUAAAUCAUAUUUUAAAUUGGGGAAUUUUAAAUUUAAUUACACUUAUUACAUUCGGCGGCGGUGCUCCUAUAUUUUCCAGUUAUAUAAUCAUGAUCUCUUACGUUUAUUUUUUCUAUAUCGUCAAAUUUUAUUCCACAUAUUUAUAUCAAAGUCAAGCCCAACUUUACCUAUUUAUAAAAUUCGAUAAAAGAAUACAAAUUUAUAGCUACCGUUAUAGCUUUGGCAAUGAGAGGUACACCCUUACUCUGCCUUAAACGUUACCUAAAAUGUUAUGCUUGUGCUAUUGAGACCUGCUAAAUAGUUCCUAAUUUAGAUAAUCGUUGGGAUCAGUUGGACUGUAUCCUAAAGGCAGGGGCCCUGCGCACCGCUACAUAUCCACAUGCAACAUAUACUCUUCUCAAGAUAAAUUAUGUAACUGUUGCAAGUUGUGUUACACUGUAAUGCCACUGUUCCAACUUCCUAGGUCAAAGUCACAUGUGUCAAAUUACAUAAAAGGUACUGGGGGUUUUAGGGACCUUCAGCGAAUUCAGGAAUGAAGGUUUUCGAAAUCUUUCUUCCUAUGAAUAUACCUACCUGCUGGCCAAAAACCAUACAAAGAUUUGAAUUGAAAGGAGAAAACAUUUUACGUUUCCAGUAUCUCGUCGCUGGGAAAUUCCGCUUUCAUAAUAAUGUAUUUAUCACUUUUCGCCAUUUGUAUAAAUCAAAGAACAAUUACAUUAAAAUACCAUUAACAACACGCUUUACAGUCAAUUUUGAUUAGCAGAUUAAAUAAUCAUCGAUUGACCUUUUUAGUAAUCCAAUUUCCUAAAGAUCCGACUGCAUUAUAUAUGAAGUUCUGGGGAAAAUCGAUGUCAAUACUUGUUAUACCUAUGCCUACGUUAAAAUAUUUGACCCGGAGAAAGUUUGUUGAUAAACUUUUCCUCCAAGAGUUGAUAAGUUUAAGGUCAAUAAUCACGAAUCAAUUUGAAAGGUGGUUGUGGACGUUCAUUCAUUAAUUCUGUCAUAUUGAGGUUAAGGUUUAGUUUUAUCACGAUUAAAUAGGGGGAUGUAAUUAAUUGGCCCCGCUUUGUAUAUGUAGGUUGACGCCACCGAUAAAAAUUAGGGCACACCAUUACGAAUUAUUGCACCAAGUAUUUGCAUCAUUUUUCAGGAGGCGUACACUUCAGCUAGAUUUUGAAAAUAAUCCCAAACUAGUCACGGCCGAUAAGUACCCCCAACACAGCGGGUUCCCUCCGGGAAUAACCGUCGACGAACUUUUCCGUUUUCGAAGAAAAAAACCGACAGAUAGAGACGCCUAAAGCGGUAAAAGGACGAAGGCCCAGAGAUACUCUUAAGAUCGAAGGUGACUUUUACUUUAACCCGGAAUACUAUGACUCCUACGUAGAGUAUCCCGUCGAAACAGCGGCGAAUAGACUUUUGAGCACUCCCAUGGAGGUGAAGGAUGAGUCGGAAAAUAGCGAAGAUGAGGAAUUAAACAAACACAUCAAACUCGGUCGCCAUUUAUUUCGUCGACCCACUCAAUUGAAACUUGAAGGCGAAAUUUGGAAUGCAACUGAAAGUGCCGAAAAAUUCGUACAGUAUUUAUUAGCAGAGAAAACGCAGCUGUUGAGGCAUCCGACAACGUUAAAAAUGGAAGGAGAUAUGGAAACAAAGACUGAAAAUAGAGAUAAGUACGUUGCAUACGAAAAUCAAAUUAGACCCAAUCUUCUAAAAACGGAUACGCAUCUUCACCUAGAAGGCAAUAUCGACAUAUCCACCGAGAAUCGAGAUAAAUUUUUACCACCCGAAUUGCUUCCGCGUCCACCUCUUGCAAAACGUAACACCAACCUGCACAUGGAAGGCGACAUGCACCUCGGGUCCGAAAAUCGAGACAAGUUUAUACCACUCGAUCCUCUUCCACGUCCACCUCUCACCAAACGCGGCACCAACCUGCAUCUCGAAGGUGACAUGACCUUAAAUUCAGAAUACAGGAAUAUUUUCGUCGGAUUUGAGGAACUCGAGAGGAUCCGUCCGGCGUUUCCCACGAACAAUUUAAAGUCCGACGGAUUUCUUCAGACUGAAACAGAAACCUCGAAAUUCGUCAAGCACGAUAUUCAACCGGUGAUUCCGUUGCUUCGUAAUUACGACGUCGGCAAGAGAAUCAAUUUAGGCGACGAGCCCAUUGUUAAAAAGGCGGAGUAUAAGUCAAAAUUUGUUCAGCAUCCCAAAGCCGAACGCAGCGCGCAGAGACCUAAGGAAAAUUUGAAGAUGGAAGGUACGCUUGACGUCGCAACUGAAAACAAGGCCCAGUUCGUUGUCAAAACACCUUCGAAAUCUGCACUAAAAAAAGUCGGGACCAAUCUGCAGCUCGAGGGGAAGCUAGAUUUAAAUCCAGAGUACAAAAACGCCUAUGUUAAUUUUUAUAAGGAUGCGUACGGGAAAUUUGGUGUAGUCAAAGAUGCGAGUUCCCAUCGAGGGAGACGGCAGCAUUUGAAAAGUGAAGGCGAUAUGGAAACAAAUCCAGAGUAUAAAAGUGCCUUCGUCGAUUUCCCACGGCAGAGACCUUCAACUCGCAAACCUGAUGGUCACAUGCACACAGAAGGAAAUAUAAGCAACAUGACGGAGAAGAGAGCUCAGUUUAUCGAACACCCGGCGUCUAAGCCCCAUCUUAUGAAAAGGAGAACGGAGUUGAAACUGGAAGGUCCAUUUGAGUGCUACCCUGAAUAUCGACGCGCUUACAUCGAUUACGUAACGCGCGACAACGCGGCAGGACGUCAACCUCGAUUUCCACAAAAUCUGAACGCGCAACGGAGGAGGGUCUUUGACGAGUCUAUUGAGGGACCACCACCCGCUCCUGCCGAGACCACAAAGAAAUCUGUAAGUUUGGCCGUGAACGGUAACCGUCGUCAUCGCAGCCUCUCUCCAGCUUCGCAAAAGGUCAACCUAUCCAAAGUAGAAACGCGCCUCUUUGGUCCCAAGUUGCCCCAUCACAAUUCCAGCAAAAGCGCACCGCGCCCCAAACCACCACUCCCCACCGAAAGUGAAAGAAAGUCACGUGCAAGUAAACGCUUUGGUUCCCCUGAACUGAUAGAAGACUUGGCCUAUGUACCAUCAGUUGACCCCUCCACUCAACGCAUCGCAAGAUACGAAGACGACAGAAAACGCGACAAGCAUUCUUUCGUGGUGCUUGCAAAUAUCGAAUUGCAACCUUGCACCGAUUCCAAUAACAAUCGUUUCGGAAGCAAGCAAUUGUUCAAAGAGCAAAAGUGGAUGCCUUCUUGGUACUCGACUUCCUCCAAUAAGUAAACUGGUUAUAUAAUUACCUCCAUAUAGUGCCAUUAACUUUAUGUAUCGACUGCCAGUGUGUAAUAGAUAGAUGGAGUUGUUUCUGUUAAGAUUGUUAUUUUGUGAAGAAAUAAAUGUUUUUUGAUA